UCCGUCCAACUCUUCCUUCUCGACUUCCUCCAGUCUCGCUUGUGUCAAAGUUCGCGCUCUGCUUCCCGCCUGCUCCAGUUCCAGUCUGACCAUUUCUUUGAAAUACUGACAAGUAGUGGAAAAAUCAGCAGGCUUCUCAAAUCUCACCCGGCAACCAGAGGACCUCCCUCGUUGACUCGGUCAACACACUCAGAGCGUCUUCUCUUGCUCUGGUUUCACCCUCUACAUCUCCCUCCUCUUGUUCCCCUUCCAUCAGACCCCAGAACACAUCCCCUAGCUUGUUUACCCAACAAGACUACACCGAAGAGAAAGACAACAAAACAGCGAACAUGUAUCCCGUCGCUGACGUGGACGAUACCGCCGGCUUCAUGGCUGCUGCGCGCGCCUGGAAGCCGGAGAGAGACUACUUCAACUCGUCCGCUCAGGUUGAGGAUGUGUCUAAUGACAAGCAAGGUGGUGAGGAUAAUUCCGCCAACGCUUUGGACUACAACGCGACUGCUGGCGAUGACGACUUCGUUGGCAUCCCCGGUGAUGAUGCUUUCGACGGAUUCGCUCCCCCCAAGUCCGAUGCUGGAGAUUUUGAAGCAGGACUCGAGACUCAGAAGUCGGUCACAGAUUGGGACGGAGCUGACAACACUGUGAAGCAGGAGCAGCAGCAGCAGCAGCAGCAGCAGCAGAAGCAGCGUGUUACUGCUGCUGCCGCCUCCAGCUUGCCUGUUACCCAUACCCCCUCGGAGGAGGAAGAUCGCGAGAACCUCACUACCUUCAAGUCGUGGGGUCCUCCCGCUCCUCGUGACAAGCCCGCUGCUCGCAUCCGUCGUGUUAUCAUCAAGGGUCUUCCCACUGCCUGGUGUAGCCCUGCCAAGGUCCUUUCGCUUGUGCACGGGGGUGCCAUCGACAGCAUCAACGUGACUUCCUCUGGCACUGCACACAUCUUGUUCUGUGAAGCCGAUGCCUGCAAGGCGUUUUAUGACAAAUACCCCAACGGCAUCGAUCUGGACCGGGAGAAGAAGCUCACCGUGUUUGUGGAGAUGGGCCAGGAGGUUGACGUUGUCAGCUCCAGUCUCAGUUUCAGUCUCUCCGUCGGGGCCACCCGUGUUGUUCGUGCUGUCGGAGCCCAGAUGGAUGUCAAUAUGGAGAAGUUGGUCAAGCUGGCGACCUCCAAGAACGGCAAGCUGGAGAAGAUGAUUGACACCUACGUCCCCGGUGAAGCCCGCAGCAUCGUGUUCCGCUUCUGCAGUGUCGACGACGCCGUCCGCUUCCGUGCCGCCUUUGUCCGCGAGAUUGAAUUCGAACAGUGCAAUGUUCAGUACGCGGCUGAUCCAUGCGAGACUGCGACUGGCUACCAUGUGGACUAGAUGUCUGAUUGUUGUGUGUCCACGGUUCUGCCAUGAUCUAAAUUGUGGAUCUUCUGCAGUACACACGGCAUUUCAAGCGUUCUACGAUGCCCCAAGGACAAUUUCUUUCUUCAUGUUGUACAUUAAGGUGGCUUCAGGCCUAUGACUAUUACCGAGUUCUAUGAAAGCAAGCG